UUAGAUCUGUUUCCCACUUCAUUCCCACUGGAAGGCUGAAGCUGACAGCUACUACUCUUACAGAAAUAGAUCACCUGCUACAAACUCUCUGAAUCUCCUUUCUCUUUUAACCACCUGUCACUUCAGAUCUUGUUUUCCACAGAGAUACUAAACAUAAGCAUGAAGCUGCUGAUUGUGUCCGCACUUCUUUGUGCAGUGAUGGCUUUGACAUCUGCUAUUGAUCUUGAAGAUGAAGAGGGCAGCAGUGGUACAGAGGAACUAUUGCUUACAGGAGAAGAUCAUGUUGUGAAGACACCCAGACGCUGUCCAGUUGGCUGGAAGAUGUACUGCAAACAAUGCUUCCUCUAUGUUUCCCAAGCCCUGUCUUGGGCUCAGGCUCAGAAAAACUGUGAGCAAAUGAAGGCAAACCUUGCAUCUGUACACAGCUACAGAGAGCACAAGUUCAUUCGGAGGCUGAUAUUUUGUGCCACUCGCCAGUGUAAACCUACAUGGCUCGGAGGCUCAGAUGCAAAAGCGAAUUAUAUUUGGACUUGGAUCGAUGGAACAAAUUUCAGAUAUACAAACUGGU